AAAAUAACGCGAAGAUUCAUAAUGAAUUGAGUCUUCUUCAUUUAAGCUUGACAGCAGAGUAAACAGAAAAAUAUUAUAAAAAUUAAACAAAAUUUAAAAGUAAAUUUAAUAAAAUAUAUAAAUUAAAAAUUAAACAAAUUUGUUUUUAAAAGCGGUUUAUUGCAAUAUUUGUAGUGAAGUGAAAACAAUUUAAUCGUGACUAAAUAGAGGUGAUUGUUAACAAAACAAUUUUGAAGUUUGAUUUUAAAGCGAAAUUAUCGAAGUGCAACCAACAACUUUAAACGAUAAAGAAAACAAUAAUAAAAUCUAGAAAUAAUCACGCAUUACAAAAUUUUAAUAAUUAAACAAAGUUUAUUUAACUAACGGAAACUAUUUAAUUUUAAUUAAAAGAUUAAACUACAAUAACUAAAACAAAAAAUCUUGAUACAAAUCUUUUAUUUUUUCAUAAGAAAGAAACAAUUAAAAUUGUUUAUAUAUUUUUAUCUUUAUAUAUUUUUGAAGAAAAAACAAAAAACACAAAAAAGAAAGUUAAUUGUUGUUCGAAAUAUCAACAAAAAGCAUCUUUUAUUUGUACGUAAAAAAAUACCAACAACAACAACAUCAAAAUAAUAAAAAAUUUAAAAAAUAAACAAAACUCAAGAAAAAAAGUUUAAGUUUAACACUAUGGCUCGUCUUCUGCAAUUUAAUGUAGCGAAAGUUUUACUGGCAUUUGGUUUGUUUCUAAGUAUCCACUCCAAUCUGCAGUCUACGAACGCCUCUUCCAUACCAAUUUGGGAAUUUUUAACACGUAAUGAAAAGAUGUCUUAUUUGUACUCUACCUUUGCCCAAUUAGUGAGUGUACAUUGUAAGGCAACCACGGCCAGCUCUAACAUACCAGUUAAUCAAUGUAAACGUGAUCUAUUGAGUUAUGGUUAUGAAAAAUUACAGACCUUUAACGAUGCCCAGUUGGAUGCCUUUGAUCCCUAUCAAAGGGGUGCAAGUCAAUUAAUCUGGACCUCCAUCAUGAGAGAUCAUCCCAGUUCGACUUUGGUAACAACACGCAAACCCUUACCCACUCCCCCAGCCACCUCUAUAGUCAUCAUGACACACCAGCAACCUCAUACCAGUAACACCAAAACGAAAUUUGUCGAUAGCACAACAUCGGCAAAUCAUUAUCCCAAAAAUCCCAUGUUUGAAAGCAGUGAACAUAAACAUCAAUAUGCCAUGGAUAUGGAUAUAGCCUAUGGUCAACCCAGUAUGGCCCAUAAUCCCCAGAUAGAUGUUUUCGAUGUCAAUGCCCAUAAAACCUAUUUGACUGGACCCUCGGUGGUGCGUGUUAAGCCUGAUGGUUCACCUGUCGAAGAAGAUCAACAUAGAGCACCCGCUAAAGAUGAUGAUUUGGAGGCGUAUACCAGUGCUGUGACUUAUGGUCGUAAUGAAGAUAUUAAAGUCAAUACAAAUGCCAAUCAACAGCAGAAGCAUCGUAAAAUUGCCACCAUUAAUGCUUUGAAACAACAAUAUUUGGCCAAUUUAGCCAGACAACAGCAGGAAUUGCUGCCACCAUACGAGGAUGCCAGACGUCGUCGUCGCCGUCAUCAGCCCAUAGUCUAUCAUUAUGGCGGUAUUCGUGUGUAAUUGUUUAAAUUUGAAUUUUCUCUAAACAGAUUUAACUAAAAAUUUAGUUAAAUUUUUUAAAUUCUUUCAAUUGUGAAUUUUGAAUUGAAAAACUGUUUUCUACUCUUUUUAGCUUUAUUAAAAAAGUUGUUGUAAGUUUUAGUUUUUUAAAUUAUUUUUUGUAUGUUUGCUUGUGUGUGUAUUAAUUUUUUAAGAUUGUAUGCGUUUUUGUUUGGCUGUGCUUGUGAUUUUGUCUGUGUACGAUAUUUAAUUUAAAAAUUUUAUUUUAUUUUGUAUUUUAUUUAACUUAUAAUUUAUAUUCAUAUUUUCUGUUUUAUUUUUUUUUGCAAUCUCAUGGAUUUAUUUACAUACAUUUUUUUUAUUUCUUUUCUAUUUAAUUAUUUUUUUUAUAUAAAAAAACAUUUUUGCAUAUUAUAAAAAAACUUAUUUAAUUAUUAUUAAAUUUUAUUUAUUGUGUGCUUUAAUUUAAGUUAUUAUUAUUAUUAUUGUAUUUACAAUGAAAUACGUUUAUUUUAGUUAAGUUUUGUAAAGAUUUUUUACGAAUGAAAUAAAU